AUGUCCGAACCACAGACGUUCGUCUAUUCGACGGUCAACGAGUGUGAAAUCCGCCUCGAUCUCUACCUCCCCGCCGCGCACGUGUCGCAAGUGGCGCCUCUUCCCGUAGUACUGUUUUUCCAUGGCGGGGGUGUAUUCCGUGGAAGCCGUAAAUCCAUACUUCCCGAACUCAAAGAUGCAGCACUAUCAAAAAACUGGGCCUUCAUAUCAGCCGACUACCGCCUCCUCCUCCCCUCCACCGGCUUCGACAUCCUCACCGAUAUCGCCGCCCUCUGCACCUUCCUCAGCACCCUCCCCACCAUCGACACAACGCGCAUCCUAGUCGCCGGUCACAGCGGCGGCGCAUAUGUUGCCCGCCAAGCCGCAAUCCACGGGACCCCCAGGCCGCGUGCGUUCUUCUCUGUGUCGGGCCAAGGCGGGCACCUGCUGAACCCAGCGUAUUUCACACCAAAGCCAUAUCUACAGAAGAAGCUGCUGGGUACCUAUAAGAAGUACUCGACGCGCAAUAGCGCGGAGUUCCUGGGACUGAAGGUGUGCAGUGAUUUUCCGUGGGAUUGGCAAGAAAAACGAGGGAAGAAGGCUACGGGUGAGGUACCAGAGAUAGGCUCAAGGACAUGGUUAUCGAGCAUGGCGUCGGUGACGGGGGCCCGCCUGGAUUUCUUGACGGGUAAACAGGGGUUUUCGAAGAUGCUGCUGGAGGCAUAUAGUAAGGAUAAUGAGGUGGAUCUGGCGGCGUUGGUGCCGCAGGACUUGAAGAUAUUGUUUCCAGAAUUGAUGAUUGGGAAAGAGUUCCCGCCGAGCUUUGUACUCCAUGGGACGGGUGAUAAGAAUGUGGUGAUGAGAGAGUCGGAAAAGACGGUCAAAGAGUUGGAGAGAAUGGAUGUCGAGUGUGAGUUUGUGGCAGCAGAAAAUUGGGGACAUGGGUGGAGUGCGGAGACAAGACAUAAGCCUAACUUGUAG